AUGUCUUUUCAAGCUGUUCCAAUUCCUGGCAAUUUCGGUUUCGGAUCAAUGUCCUUGACCUGGACCCCCGAGCCAGUACCCUUUGAAAAGGCAUUCGCUACAAUUAAGCAUUGUCUCGACAAUCACGAUAUCAAAUUCAUCAAUGGAGGCGAAUUUUAUGGUUCCGACCUUAUUAAUUUGAAACUUUUGGGAGAAUUCUGGAAAAAAUACGGAGAGAAGUACCCAGGUGUGGUAGUGUCUAUCAAAGGUGCCAUUAAUGUCACGAAUUUGACCCCAGACGGAUCCAAGGCAUCCAUUGAUAAGUCAGUGAAGAACAUUCUCCAAUUUUUCCCACAGGAGAAGUCUAAGCGUCCUAUUCUCAUUUUUGAAAUUGCUAGAGUGGACCCAAAUAUACCAUAUGAUGAGAGUAUUGGAUAUAUUGCUGAGCACGUGAAAGCAGGAAACAUUGAUGGAAUUUCUCUAUCGGAAGUCGGCAAGGGAUCGAUUUCAAAAGCAGUGGACGUCUUCCCUAUUUCUUGUGUAGAGUUGGAAUUCUCACUUAUGUGUCGAGACAUUGUCGACAAUGGCAUCUUGGAAGUCUUGUCGAAGCACCAGAUUCCCGUGGUGGCGUAUUCCCCACUAUGCCGUGGGUACCUUACUGAGUCCACAGCUAAUGAUCCAGAAGCAUUUCAAAAGUUGAUCAACAGACCCGGAGAUUUCAGAUCACACCUAGGCAAAUUUUCCGAAGAGAACUACUGGAACAAUAUCAAGAUUGUUCAGAAGCUACAAAAAUUUGCUGAAACAAAGGGUUCUUCCUUGGAGGCAUUGGCCUUGUCGUGGAUUCUAGCAAUCAGCGAGUUGGAAAACUUCAAUGGAAUUCCAAAAGUGUGCAAGAUUAUACCUAUUCCAAGUGGAAGUACUGCUGAGAAGAUCGAUAAGAACUUGGGCCAUAUCGUGGAUUUAACUCCUUCCGAUUUGAAGGAGAUCGAACAGAUUUUGGAUUCAAACAAGGUGGUGGGUGCGAGAUACAACGAGCACCAUACUGAUUUCGCGUAA